AUGGCCGCGGCAACGACGCCACCACCCUUGGUUUCUUUCUUCCACCAGAGGGAGGAGUAUGUAAGAUUGUUGCUGGGCCGAGACAAGCAGCCAGCGCUGCCUCAACUCAGGGCUCUUCAUGCAAGGAUUGUCAAAAGUGGGCAUGAUAGUGAGACGUUUCUUAGAAAUUUGCUGCUGGAAAUGUAUGGGCGGUGUGGCAGCCUGGGAGAUGCACGUCGUGUUUUCGAUGCAACUGAUCACAAGAAUCUUUUCACCUGGAACACGAUGAUGGUUGCUCUCGUACGCAACUCCCAGCAUUGUGAUGCCGCAUCUCUUCUUCACGUCAUGGACCUCGAAGGCAUCACCCCCGGCAGUCUCAUCUUGGCCACCCUUCUAUCUUCCUGCUCCAUGUCGCGCAACCUGAAACUGGGCAAUUGGAUUGCUGUGCGAGCGGCUGCUACCGGCUGGUCUUCCAACCUUUUGGUCAGUUGCGCAGCGAUUACCAUGUACAGCAGCUGCGGUCGCCUCCACGAAGCCUGCCUGGUUUUUGAGACUGUCCAAGGCAGAUGCUCUGCGUCCUGGAAUUCCAUGAUUGUCGCAUAUACCCAGCAUGGGCAUUUGCACACGGCAUUGCAGCUGUUGGAGGCAAACAGGUGUGACAAGCUUCCACCUUCACAUGUACUGGUGGCUCUUCUCGGCGCUUGCUCUAAGACAGCGACAGAGGAAUCGCUGCAAGUUGGCCGGAGGCUGCACUCUAUCAUAAUCCACGGCACAAGUCCCAGUAGCGAGAACGAUGCCAUCGUCUACAAUUCCCUGGUGGACAUGUAUGCCAAGUGUGGCAGUGUGGAGGAAGCCAAGGUGGUCUUUGAGAGGAUGACAUAUCGAAGCCAAGUGUCCUGGAACGCCAUGGCCUGUGCUUAUGCCCAGCACGGACACAAGACAGAAGCAAUGCGGGUGUUUUGGGCAAUGGAUCUGGAGGGCGUCAAAGCGGAUGCUUUCGUGUUCCCCAGUAUCCUCUCUUGCUGCCGGACACUGUGCGAGUUCAAAGCCCUGCACGCCAGGAUUAUCGCCUGCGGCCAUGACUCCGAUGUCGUGGUGCGGAAUGCCCUCGUCCGUCUGUAUAGUGAAUUUGACAGCAUUGACGAUGCCCAGAACAUUUUCGACAGUCCCGCAUUUAGGAUGACGAGCAACGUUGUGUCUUGGAGCUCCAUGAUUGCUGCAUACGCUCGGUGUAAGCAUGCGCGUCAAGCUGUGGCAUGCAUGAGGAGGAUGGAUCUGGAAGGCAUCACACCCAAUUCUAUCACAUUCCUGUGUCUUGCGGAGGCUCUGCGUCAGCUAGGUGAUUUUGGCUUGGUGAAACUGUUUCAUGUAAGAGCAGCAGCCAGCGGUUGCAUGACGAGCAUGGUGGAGACGGCACUCAUCCAAAUGUAUGCCAGUUGCGGAAGGAUUGACCGCGCACAACACUUGUUCUGGCGGAUGACUCGCAAGAGUCUGACAAGCUGGUCUGUUAUCAUCUUCGAGCUCGUGCAGGCGGGUCUUAAUGCAGAAGCACUCGAUGUCUUCUACAAAAUGGCAUCGUCCCGGGAGCCAGACAUCGUCUGCCUGGUAAACGCUCUUGGUGCCUGCUGCGGCUCGUCGGCACUGGCAGACGGUAAAAGGAUCCACAGACUCAUCUCUGACCGGGGAUUCGAAUGCGCUGCCUCGGCUUGUGUAGCACUGAUUAACAUGUAUUCCAAGUGUGGCGGCUUGAGCAAUGCUGCCACUGUUUUCACGGCUUGGCUUUGGCAUUCUAGUGGUUGCGAUAACGUAGCCUGCUGGACAGCAAUGAUAGCAGCGUAUGCCCAACACGGGCGAACCGGUCUGGCUGUGGAAUUGUUCAGAGAGAUGAACCUCGCGGGCGUUCGGGGAAAUCAGAUUACCUUUACUUGUUUGCUACAUGCGUGCAGCCAGUGUGGACUUCUGGAACAGGGUAGGCUCCAGUUUAUUUCUAUUCUGGCAGAGCAUGGGAUGGUGCCUACACGGGAUCAUUAUUCGUGCAUGGCUGACCACCUUGCUAGAGCGGGAAAGAUUGAGGAGGCUCAAGAUUUGAUCCAAACGAUGCCAUUUCAGCCCGAUGCAGCUGCAUGGAGUAGCCUACUAGGAGCAUGUAAAUCAAGCGGAGAUGUCAAUAGAGCGGAAGUUGUGGCCUCAAAGAGCAUGGUGGAACCCGGAACCUAUGUGCUAUUGUCUGACACAUUUGUAUUGUCCUCUAAAGAGGCUCUUUAA